AUGAUGGAAAUAAAGACAGAAGGCGACAGCGACAACAAGGUCAGCGGCCACGUUGCGGCGUCAUCCCACCCGGAAUCCAUCGAAGCUACGGAAACUGCAGAGCUGUCAACCAAGCGCGGUCUUUCUGCCCGACAUGCACAAUUCAUCGCCCUUGGUGGAACCAUUGGCACCGGCCUUUUCGUCGGUUCCGGCAGCACCCUCGCCCGCGGCGGACCGGCCUUCCUUGUUGGCAGCUACGUCGUGAUGUCAGCUCUGAUCUACUUGGUCUUGACUGCAGUCAUCGAAAUCUCGACGUAUCUUCCGCUGCCAGGCGGCACCAUGAACUACUACGGCAGCCGCUACGUAUCGCGAAGUCUUGGUUUCAUGAUGGGAUGGCUCUACUUCUACUCUUUUGCCAUCUUUGUCCCCUUCGAGCUCACGGCAUCAGCCUUGGUCAUCGAGUACUGGCAUCCGAACGUUAAUAAUGCCGUCUGGAUCACGAUUAUGUUGGUAAUGAUCGUCGGUCUCAAUCUUCUACCCGUCAAGUUCUACGGCGAAACGGAGUUUUGGUUCGCUGGACUGAAGGUUCUGACCAUUGUUGGCCUGCUGAUCCUCUCAAUCGUGCUGUUCUUCGGAGGCGGUCCAACCCACGAGCGCCUCUAUUUCCGAUACUGGAAUGACCCCGGCGCUACCAAGGAGCUGAUCGUUUCAGGCGACGCAGGCAGAUUCGUGGCCGCCUUGUCAACUCUUCUCAGCAGCGUUCUUCCAUUCACCUUUUCGCCCGAGAUGGUUGUUGUAACCGCCGGAGAGGUCCAGUCUCCUCGAAGGAACCUGCCGAAAAUUGCCCGUAACUUCUUCUGGCGAUUGAUCGUCUUUUACAUUGGCGGAACUAUUGCUAUUUCCGUCAUCUGCCCCUCCAACGCACCGGCACUCACCAGCGGAAGCUCUGGAGCUGCGGCCUCGCCAUGGGUUGUAGGGAUUAAGAACGCGGGAAUCAAGGGACUCGACAGCGUGAUUAACGCCGUCGUCGUUACGGCUGCCUGGUCCGCCGGCAACUCGUUCCUCUACUUGGCAAGCCGAUCUCUGUACUCGAUGGCCUGUGAAGGUAGCGCUCCACGGAUCUUCAAGCGGUGCACCAAGCAAGGAGUUCCCAUCUACGCCGUCAUUGCCAGCUCGUUGUUCUCACUCUUGGCUUACAUGAACGUCAACUCAAACGCGGCAGACGUGUUCAAUUGGCUUCUAAAUCUUGUCAACACUGGAGGCUUCAUCUCAUGGGUCUGCUGCGGAAUCAUUUACAUCCGCUUCCGCAAGGCCUGCGACGUUCAAAACUUGCCAAAAUCAGCUCUUGUUGCACGAUCCUUCUUGCAGCCUGUUGGAUCAUACAUCUCUCUGUUCAUUUUCGGACUUCUCUGCUUGCUCAACGGCUUCACUGUCUUUUUCCCAUCCCGCUGGUCCGUGGCCGACUUCUUGUCAGCGUACAUUGGGCUGCCAUUGUUUGUUGUCAUCUACUUUGUUCACCGAUUCUUGCAUCGCGCCGAUUCCUGGGCUAUCUCCUCCCACGAGGUUAAUCUCAAGACUGGUUUGGCCGAGCAGAUCGUCUUAGAGAAAGAGUUAAGCGCAUGA